GCACCACCCAGGACACUAUGAAAAUGAAGUUGCCACUGACUGGAGGUCAGCAGUACUUUGCUGGGUUCAGAUGAACUUAAAACAACAUGGAACCCCGAAGGCCAGACUGUAGAAGGUCAUCUCUGGACCUCCUUCAAAACGAUGAGGUGGAGUUUGUCCGAACUGGCUAUGGGAAGGAUAUGGUCAAAGUUCUCCACAUUCAGCGAGAUGGAAACUAUCACAGCAUCAAAGAGGUGGCAACAUCAGUGCAACUUACACUGAGCUCCAAAAAGGAUUACUUGCAUGGAGAUAAUUCAGACAUCAUCCCUACAGACACCAUCAAGAACACAGUUCAUGUCUUAGCAAAGUUCAAAGGGAUCAAAAACAUAGAAACUUUUGCUGUGAAUAUCUGUGAGUAUUUCCUUUCUUCUUUUAACCACGUCAUCCGAGCUCAAGUCUAUGCGGAAGAAGUCCCUUGGAAGCGUUUUGAAAAGAAUGGAGCUAAGCACGUCCAUGCAUUUAUUCACACUCCCACUGGAACGCACUUCUGUGAAGUUGAACAGAUGAGGAGUGCAGGACCUCCAGUCAUUCAUUCUGGAAUCAAAGACCUCAAGGUCUUAAAAACUACACAGUCCGGAUUUGAAGGGUUCCUGAAGGCACCAUUUACCACGCUCCCGGAGGUGAAGGACAGGUGCUUCGCCACUCAAGUAUACUGCAAGUGGCGCUACCACCAGCACAGACACGUGGACUUUGAGGCUACCUGGGAUACUGUUCGGGACAUCAUCCUGGAGAAAUUUGCUGGACCUUUCAACAAAGGCGAGUACUCACCCUCUGUCCAGAAGACCCUGUAUGACAUCCAAGUGCACUCCCUGAGCCAGGUUCCUGAGAUAGAAGAUAUGGAAAUCAGCCUGCCAAACAUUCACUACUUUAACAUAGAUAUGACCAAAAUGGGACUGAUCAACAAAGAAGAGGUCUUGCUACCAUUAGACAAUCCGUAUGGCAGAAUCACAGGCACAGUCAAGAGGAAGCUGACUUCGAAGCUGUGACGUUGUACCUGCUAGUGGGAGUCCACUCUCAGCGGAGGAAUGCCUUAAGCCACUUGAGAUACUAGAAAUCAUAGUGUGUAUCCUGCAAAUUUUCCACCUCUUAUGUUGAUUUACCGUAUUCAUUUUCCUCUUGUAUAAAAGAACUCUUCUAUACCUAGCUCAGCAAGGUGUUCUGUGAUUAGUAAUUGUAACAGGUUGCUUCACAAAUGCUGAGCAGCCUUAGAACAAUCGUACAUCAGUGUUUCUUUGCAGUUGCCUUGGACCUUCCUUUCUUAAAGAAACUUUAGAAUCAGUUACUAAGAAAAUAGCCAUGAAUUAAUGGAGGAAGUUUUAUGUCAAUGAAUUUGUGCACAAGUUUAAGAAGCAAGCAUUGUUUUCAUCCUACUGAUGCUAAAACAUCACUUCUGAGUAAUGCAGUAAGUGUAAUUACAAAAUCAUAUUUUGAAAAAUAUCACUAUUGUGACUUUGAUUAGACUGAAUAUUUGAAUUGUUAAGAAUGCUCUAGCAUAUGUAUCACUGCAAGUUUAUUUCUACUCUGAAAGUACUUUUAUAAUCUAAUGUACUGAUUUUAUGACUUUUACAACCACUAGAGAAUAUUUAGUGCUCAUUGAGGCACUGAAAAAAGGUGCAAAUUGUUUUUCUUUGAAUAAAUGUCUGUCAGUUUGGCAAAAAGAGCCACAUCUAAUAAAUGCCUUUUCACCCAUGAAUAUACAUAUAGAAAGAACACUAGGGAUUAUAUAUAUGAAAAUAUCAGCAAUCAUCCAGAUGAUUUCUGGAUGAUAGGGUUAUGAAUUAUUUAUAUUUUUUGCCAUGUGCUUUUCUGAAAUUUCCAAAUACAAACAUUUAUUACUUUUAUAAUCAGAGAAAUAAAUACAUUUGAUGAUUUAAAGAUCCA